AUGAACCAGCUUUUUUGUUCCAGGGAUGAACCAAUCACGAGAACUUCUAACAAAGUUUUAGAAUGCCCGUAUUGCAGCCAUUGGACAAAACAAAAACAAGACUUGCAAAAACAUGUUUACACCAGGCAUCGAGAACAAAACGAUGUGGAGAAAAAAAUAGAAAUAACGGUUGUGAUUUUUAGUUGCAAUAAAUGCAACUUCACGACGGUUUCAAAGGAGUCUUUGGAUAUUCACUGUUCUGAAGUUUGUAAGAAUUUAGAUGCACCAAUGUUGACUUGCGAUCACUGCAAGUUUACAACAAAUAUAAAAAUAAAAAUGCAGAGACACCUUAGGUGGCACAAAUCCAAUAAUAAGUGUCCGUACUGUGAUUUCAUAACAGAUGGCAUAACAGAUACUGCACGAACAUUGCAAUCGCACAUAUACAGAAAACACAAGGAACAAAACGAGUUAGAAAAGAAAGUACCUAUAACCAUAAAAACUUACUCCUGCGAUAACUGCAAAUAUUCAACAUUAACUAAAACAUGUUUUUACUCACACACAAUAUCAUGCAAAAAAAUAAAGUUAAAAAAUACAUUUAAAUGCCAUCAGUGUCCAUAUAAGUCAAACACAAACGAAAAACUAAGAAAACAUCUUACUAGGCACGCACCCUGGAUUAAGUGUUUGUACUGUGAGUUUUUAUCGGUGGAAAAUCGAACGAUAUAUAGGCACAUUUAUAGAAAACAUAAGCAACAAAAUGAUGUAGAAAACAAAGUGCCAUUACCACUUGAAACUUGUGUAUACUGUGAUUUCAAAACAAUGGAUACCCGAACAUUGCAAACGCACAUACACAUGAAACACAAAGAACAAAACAAUUUAGAAAAGAAAGUACCCGUCAUCAUAAAAACUUUCUCUUGCGAAAACUGUCACUAUACAACAGUAAGAAAAACAAGCUUUCUAUCUCACACAAGAUCAUGCAAAAAAAUAAAGGAAGAAAACACAUUUAAAUGCCUUCAGUGUCCAUAUAAGUCAAACACCAACCAAAAACUAAAAUGGCAUCAAAAGACCCAUCUGAGUCCGAAGUUUUUUUGCCCAUAUUGUCAGCGGGUUUAUAAAAAAUCCUCAUCUUUGCAAUUGCAUGUUAUAAAUAAGCACAAGGAACAAAAUGAACAGGAAAACAAGGUCAAGUUUACUAAUAAGUUUUACAAAUGUAGUUUUUGUGAGUCAAGAUAUUUAGAAAAGAAACAGGUAAUGGAUCAUGAAGGAAAAUGUAGAGAAAGGGUUGAAUCUCCCACAAGAACUUCUAACGAAAUGCAAUAUAUAAACUGCCCGUAUUGCAGCCAUUCGACAAAACGUAAGAAGGACUUGCAAAAACAUGUUUACAUGUUGCAUCAAGAACAAAACGAUGUGGAGAAAAAAAUAGAAAUAACGUGUGUGAUUUAUAGUUGCGAUAAAUGCAACUACACGACGGUUUCAAAGAACAGUUUGGAGAUUCACUCUUUUAAAGUUUGUAAGAAUUUGAAUGCGCCAAUAUUGACUUGCGAACACUGCAGGUUCACAACACCUAUAAGGGUUGAACCUCCCAAAAGAACUUCUAACGAAUUGCAAUAUAUAAACUGCCCGUAUUGCAGCCAUUCCACAAAACGUAAGAAGGAGUUGCAAAAACAUGUUUACAGGUUGCAUCGCGAACAAAACGAUGUGGAGAAAAAAAUGGAAAUAACGGUUGAACCCACCACUAACGAAUUGCAAUAUAUAAACUGCCCGUAUUGCAGCCAUUCGACAAAACGUAAGAAGGACUUGCAUAAACAUGUUUACAGGUUGCAUCGAGAACAAAACGAUGUGGAGAAAAAAAUGGAAAUAACGUGUGAGAUUUAUAGUUGUGAUAAAUGCAACUACACGACGGUUUCAAAGAACAGUUUGGAGAUUCACUCUUUUAAAGUUUGUAAGAAUUUGGAUGCGCCAAUAUUGACUUGCGAACACUGCAGGGUUGAACCAACCACUAAAACAACAAAACUUCGCACGAAAAGUUCUAACAAAGUUGCAGAUAUAGAGUGCCCGUAUUGCAGCUAUUCGACAAAACGCAAACCCGACCUGCACAAACAUGUUAACAGAAUGCAUCGAGAACAAAAUGAUAUAGAGAAAAAAAUAGAAAUAACGUUUCUGAAAAAAAAUUGUGUUUACUGUGAUUUUACAACAAUGAAUACACGAACAUUGCAAAUGCACGUACACAGUAAACACAGGAAACAAAACGAGUUAGAAAAGAAAGUACCUAUAACCAUAAAAACUUACUUCUGCGAUAACUGCGAUUAUUCAACACUAAGUAAAUCGUCUUUUGACUCGCACACAAUAUCAUGCAAAAAAAUAAAGUUAGAAAUCACAUUUAAAUGCCAUCUGUGUCCAUAUAAGUCAAAUACAAACGAAAAACUAAAGAAACACAUUAAAGGGCACACACCCAGUAUUAAGUGUUUGUACUGUGAGUUUUCAUCGGUGGAAAAUCGAACGAUAAAUAGGCACAUUUAUAGAAAACAUAAGCAACAAAAUGAUGUAGAAAAUAAAGUGCAAUUACUACUAGAAAUUUGUGUUUACUGUGAUUUUACAACAAUAGAUACACGAGCAUUGCAAAUGCACGUACACAGUAAACACAGGAAACAAAACGAGUUAGAAAAGAAAGUACCUAUAACCAGAAAAACUUACUUCUGCGAUAACUGCGACUAUUCAACACUAAGUAAAUCGAGUUUUGACUGGCACACAAUAUCGUGCAAAAAAAUAAAGGUUGAACCAACCACUAAAACAACAAAACUUCGCACGAAAAGUUCUAACAAAGUUGCAGAUAUAGAGUGCCCGUAUUGCAGCUAUUCGACAAAACGCAAACCCGACCUGCACAAACAUGUUAACAGAAUGCAUCGAGAACAAAACGAUAUAGAGAAAAAAAUAGAAAUGACGUGUCUGAAAAAAAAUUGUGUUUACUGUGAUUUUACAACAGAAUAUACAAUAGCAUUGCAAAGGCACAUAUACAGUAAACAUAGGGAGCAAAACGAGUUAGAAAAGAAAGUACCUAUAACAUUAAAAACUUACUCCUGCGACAACUGUGACUAUUCAACACUAAGUAAAUCGAGUUUUGACUCGCACACAAUAUCAUGCAUAAAAAUAAAGGUUGAACCAACCACUAAAACAACAAAACUUCGCUCGAAAAGUUCUAACAAAGUUGCAGAUAUAGAAUGCCCGUAUUGCAGCUAUUCGACAAAACGCAAACAAGACCUGCACAGACAUGUUUACAGAAUGCAUCGAGAACAAAACGAUAUAGAGAAAGAAAUAGAAAUAACGUUUAUGAAAAAAAAUUGUGUUUACUGUGAUUUUACAACAGUAGAAACACACUCAUUGCAAAUGCACAUAUACAGUAAACACAGGGAACAAAACGAGUUAGAAAAGAAAGUACCUAUAACCAUAAAAACUUACUUCUGCGAUAACUGCGACUAUUCAACACUAAGUAAAUCGUAUUUUGACUCGCACAUAAUAUCAUGCAAAAAAAUAAAGGUUGAACCAACCACUAAAACAACAAAACUUCGCACGAAAAGUUCUAACAAAGUUGCAGAUAUAGAGUGCCCGUAUUGCAGCUAUUCGACAAAACGCAAACAAGACCUGCACAAACAUGUUAACAGAAUUCAUCGAGAACAAAACGAUAUAGAGAAAAAAAUAGAAAUAACGUGUCUGAAAAAAAAUUGUGUUUACUGUGAUUUUACAACAGUGGAUACACGAGAAUUGCAAAUGCACAUAUACAGUAAACACAGGGAACAAAACGAGUUAGAAAAGAAAGUACCUAUAACCAUAAAAACUUACUCCUGCGACAACUGUGACUAUACAACAGUAAGGAAAUCAAGCUUUUACUCGCACACAAUAUCAUGCAAAAAAAUAAAGGUUGAACCAACCACUAAAACAACAAAACUUCGCACGAAAAGUUCUAACAAAGUUGCAGAUAUAGAGUGUCCGUAUUGCAGCUAUUCGACAAAACGCAAACAAGACCUGCACAAACAUGUUAACAGAAUUCAUCGAGAACAAAACGAUAUAGAGAAAAAAAUAGAAAUAACGUGUCUGAAAAAAAAUUGUGUUUACUGUGAUUUUACAACAGUGGAUACACGAGAAUUGCAAAUGCACAUAUACAGUAAACACAGGGAACAAAACGAGUUAGAAAAGAAAGUACCUAUAACCAUAAAAACUUACUCCUGCGACAACUGUGACUAUACAACAGUAAGGAAAUCAAGCUUUUACUCGCACACAAUAUCAUGCAAAAAAAUAAAGGUUGAACCAACCACGAAAACUUCUAACAAAGUUGCAGAUAUAGAAUGCCCGUAUUGCAGCUAUUCGACAAAACGCAAACUAGACCUGCAAAAACAUGUUUACAGGAUGCAUCGAGAACAAAAUGAUAUAGAGAAAAAAAUAGAAAUAACGUGUGAGAUUUAUAGUUGCGAUAAAUGCAACUACACUACUGUUUCAAAGAACAGUUUGGAGAUUCACUCUUUUAAAGCUUGUAAGAGUUUGGAUCCGCCAAUAUUGACUUGCAAACACUGCAGAUUUAAAACAACUAUUAAGUUUGAAAUGCAGAAACACCUUAGGAUGCACACAUCCAAUUUUAAGUGUUCGUACUGUGAGUAUACAGCGAAAACAAAUCAAAAGAUAAAAAGGCACAUUUAUGCAAAACAUAGGCAACAAAAUAAUGAAGAAAAUAAAGUGCAAUUAAUACCAAAAAAAUGUGUAUACUGUGAUUUUACAACAGUAGAUACCCAAACAUUUCAAAUGCACAUAUACAGUAAACACAGGACACAAAACGAGUUAGAAAAGAAAGUACCUAUAACCAUAAAAACUUACUCCUGCGACAACUGUGACUAUACAACAGUAAGGAAAUCAAGUUUUCACUCGCACACAAUAUCAUGCAAAAAAAUAAAGUUAGAAAACACACUUAAAUACCAUCUGUGUCCAUAUAAGUCAAAUACAAACGAAAAACUAAGGAAACAUCUUAGUAGGCACACACCCAGUAUUAAGUGUUUGUACUGUGACUUUUCCUCGGUGGAAAAUCGAAGGAUGAAGAGUCACAUUUAUAGAAAACAUAGGCAACAAAAUGACGUAGAAAAUAAAGUGCAAUUACUACUAGAAACUUGUGUAUACUGUGAUUUUACAACAAUAGAUACACGAGCAUUGCAAAUGCACGUACACAAUAAACACAGAAAACAAAACGAGUUAGAAAAGAAAGUACCUAUAACCAUAAAAACUUUCUUCUGCGAUAACUGCGACUAUUCAACAGUUUUUUGUUUUAGGGUUGAACCAACCUCGAAAACUUCUAACAAAGUUGCAGAUAUAGAAUGCCCUUAUUGCAGCUAUUCGACAAAACGCAAACUAGACCUGCAAAAACAUGUUUACAGGAUGCAUCGAGAACAAAACGAAGUGGAGAAAAAAAUAGAAAUAAAGUGUUUGAUGUAUAGUUGCGAUAAAUGCAACUACACUACUGUUUCAAAGAACUGUUUGGAAAUUCACUCUUUUAAAGCUUGUAAGAGUUUGGAUGCGCCAAUAUUGACUUGCAAACACUGCAGAUUUAAAACAACUAUUAAGUUUGAAAUGCAGAAACACCUUAGGAUGCACACAUCCAAUUUUAAGUGUUCGUACUGUGAGUAUGCAGCGAAAACAAAUCAAAAGAUAAAAAGGCACAUUUAUGCAAAACAUAGGCAACAAAAUGAUGAAGAAAAUAAAGUGCAAUUAAUACCAAAAAAAUGUGUAUACUGUGAUUUUACAACAGUAGAUACACAAACAUUUCAAAUGCACAUAUACAGUAAACACAGGACACAAAACGAGUUAGAAAAGAAAGUACCUAUAACCAUAAAAACUUACUCCUGCGACAACUGUGACUAUACAACAGUAAGGAAAUCAAGCUUUCACUCGCACACAAUAUCAUGCAAAAAAAUAAAGUUAGAAAACACACUUAAAUGCCAUCUGUGUCCAUAUAAGUCAAAUACAAACGAAAAACUAAAGAAACACCUUAGUAGGCACACACCCAGUAUUAAGUGUUUGUACUGUCACUUUUCAUCGGUGGAAAAUCGAAGGAUGAAGAGUCACAUUUAUAGAAAACAUAAGCAACAAAAUGACGUAGAAAAUAAAGUGCAAUUACUACUAGAAACUUGUGUCUACUGCGAUUUCACAGCAAUAGAUACACGAGCAUUGCAAAUGCACGUACACAAUAAACACAGGAAACAAAACGAGUUAGAAAGGAAAGUACCUAUAACCAUAAAAACUUUCUUUUGCGAUAACUGCGACUAUUCAACAGUAAGUAUAACAUGUUUUCACUCGCACACAAAAUCAUGCAAAAAUAUAAAGUUAGAAAACACAUUUAAAUGCCAUCAGUGUCCAUAUAAGUCAAACACUAACAAAGAACUCAAAUGGCAUCUAAAGACCCAUCAAAGUCGGAAGUUUGUUUGCCCUUAUUGUCAGCUGGUUUAUAUAACUUCCAGAUCUUUUCAACUGCAUGUUAUAAUGAAGCACAAAGAACAAAAUGAACAGGAAUACAAGGUUAAGUUGACUAAUAAGUUUUACAAAUGUAGUUUUUGUGAGUUAAUAAAUUUCGAGAAAAAAAAGGUGAUGGCUCAUGAAGAUAAAUGUAAAAAUAAGAAGAAAAGUUAA